AUGGAUAGCAUGAGUGAGGCAUUUGAUCAAAUGCAAAUGGUCAAGGAUGUUCUAGCCAACAGUGAUAAAGUUUCAGAGGUCCUACAAGAGUCUACUCAUCAGUUCAACCUGCUUACUUCACCCACCUUCCUACCAAAGGUCAAGGAUCAAGGGAAAUUCACUCUCCCUUGCACACUUGGGCAUCUUGAGAUUGACAAUGCCUUAGUGGAUUCUGGAGCAAGCAUCAAUCUGAUCUCUCUCUCCAUGGCAGAGAAGCUAGGCAUUGCUGGAGCCUUGCAGCGCCCUACUACUUCAAUCAUGUUUGGAGAUGCAACUUCUAAGUCUCCUCUUGGAGUGUUCAAGAACUAUCACUUGAAAAUUGGAGAAUGCAUCAUCCAAACUGAUCUCACUGUGAUGGAAAUGGAAGAAGAGAAGGAUUUGCCUCUGUUAUUGGGAACCCCUUUCCUUAGUACAGUUGGCGCUUCAAUAGACUUUCACAAGCAAGAAGUGAUCCUUCACAAGGUGAAUAGUUUGGUGUCAUAUCGCUUGCAGCCUAGAGGUUCAGACUUUUGUGCCACAAUUGACAGUACCACUCUCAGUUCUAAGAGUCAUGGAGCUACAAAGGUUGUGAAGGAAAGGGUUGACAAAGAACCAAGAGUUGGGAAGGAUAAGGAUGAGAGAGGACCAAGGAUUGAGAAGCCACGUCUUGAGAGGGCUAGAGUUGAGAAACCACGAAGGGCUCUAAAAGAAGGGGAGGAUGUAGCCUCUAAGGCAAGACCAGGGGAUAAAAGAAAGGAUCCACCAGCUCAGGCCCCUUCAGUCAAGCCAUCUCAGCUCACAAUGACUUUGUUCCCCACCAAGUUUGAAAAUGGGAAGAUUGAGUACAAGAUAAGGUACAAGGGGAGAUCAAGGCCAUUCUCUAGAGCCAAGCCUUGUUUAGGUGUCAAAGGAGCCAGCUCGACCGACAGCUCGAUCGAGCUAGAAACCAGGGCAACUCGAUCGAGUUCCUCAACUCGACCGAGUGAGAGUGAGCAAGGGGAGUUUGAGAUUGGAGUGAACCUUGUUCAAGAGGAGGGAAAUGGCUCUCCAAGUGAAGAAGGAAGUGAUGAGACUGAGAGUGAAGAGGAAGGAGAAGAGGUGAAUCAUUGGUUGAGAAGUGAGCAAGAGAACCAAGAUGAACCAAUGGAGGAGGUUGAGAAGAGGCAAGAGGAGGAUGAGCUCCCCAUGUACCAAGAGCACUACAAUGCUCUCUUCUCCAUGGACUUCAUGGAUACCAAGUACCCACAUGUUGACACAAUGAAGGCCCUUGGAAUCUUUGAGGAUGUGGAGCUGGUCUCAAGAACAUGCACUUGGCCAAGUUCUUCUCUUAUCACAUGGAAUCCUACAAGGAGCUCACUUGCGAGUUCUUAG